AUGACGACCAUCUCGCGUCGAUCGUGGCGGAGGGCGGCACUGCGUGCCCUCGGCUUUGCGGCACUGCUGUUCGCCUUGGUGCUUGCCCAAGUGACCGAGAAGUCGACUCCUGCGACGUCGGAAGGUGGCUUUGGGCCUGCCGGGCCUCAAGAGCACGAAGGGGUCGAAGCAGGGGGAGAGAAGGUGGUAGAGGAGCUCGAAGCAGAGGGCGGUCGCGUGGCCAUCGUGGCUGCUGUGACCAUCUCGACGUUGGUGGCCAUCUCCAUCUUGUUCGAGAUCUCGACGGUGCAGCUGAGGGAGCACACGGACGAGCUCAACAUGCCCUUCGUCAACACGGUCUUCAGCGAGCUCACGACGCUGGGCUUCAUCGGUCUGCUACUAUUCGUCGUGACCAAGAUCCAAGUCUUGCCGUGGCUCUCGCGGAACGUCUUGGGAGGCAGCGCGGAGCUGCAGGAGAUCAUUGAGAGGCUGCACAUGGCUCUGUUCUUCUUCAUCGUCAUCUUCCUGAUCUUAUGUCUCGGGUUGCUACGUCUGGGCAUGAACGUGCAGCACGAGUGGAGAGAGUUUGAGCGCAGUUGUGCCGACAUUCCGUCAGUGUUAUCUGAAUACGCGUUGGCUACCGAGCCGCCAAAGUCGUGGCUUGACCGCUUCUCGUGGCACCGAGCUGCUGCGGCAAGGAAAACGGAGCGUGAAGUGGUCUACUUGGCGCUUCGUCGUCGAUUUAUGGACUACCGUUCUAACCAUCCAGACAAAGAGACCGCACGGCAGUUGGCCAAGGAGUUCCAGCUUCAGAGCGAUGACACGCGGUUCCCGUUCAACGAGUAUCUUUCGAUCAUCUCUGGCGAGGUCAUGGGGCGGCUUAUCCAGAUCGAUAUGGCCACGUGGAUCGCGCUCGACGUCGUCCUUGUGGUCAUUCUGUGCUUGUGCUGGCACACUGGCCCGCGCGGGGAGGUGGCGAUCUUGCUCGCCUCGGGCUUUUCGUUGAUUGCGCUGAACGACUUUGUGUAUCGCCGCGUGAACUCGAUGCGGUGCUUGCUAACGCCUCCGAGGCUUCAGACGGACGCUGAGAGACUGCGGCACAAAAGCGUGUGGCGUACUCAGCACGGGUUACCUCCGAUUUCGCGACAACAGUCUACCGAGAAGACUUGGCUGCUGGCGGACUCAGAGGAAGUCGGCCGAGACUAUGAUGAUUCCCACGGCUGGGCUCCGCCCUACGUUGAGCUGUUGCCCAACGGUGGGCGCGACCUCUCUGAGAAGGAGCUGAAAGUUCUCCAGCGGAGUUUGAUCGGCGCCGGAUGGGGGAACGGUGUCCUACUUGCGCUGUUCUCCACGCGCAUGGUGUUCCUGCUCACAGCGCUGCACCUUUCGACUUUCUUGCUGCGUGAGACUUAUCAGAUCUCCGAGUUGUUCGGCGACCACCCAGCCUUCGCCGCUCUGCUGUGUUUCUUUUUCCUGAUCCCAAGCUUCGCCGUGCCCUUCAUGUCCACGCGAAUCGCUCGUGACGGUCUGCUGGCGUUCAACGUGGAGCACAUGAAGGUGUCUCGCGUCAUCGUCCAAGUGACGCGACUGUUGCGCGCGCGGCAAACGCUGCGGACUCUUCGCUUCGUCGCCGAGAUGAAGAUCCAUCUACGCGAGAACGCGCGGCGGAACAGCCAGCAGCUCAAGCUCAACAUCGAGUUGAUGCCUGAAGUGCCCAUGCCAGCCCCGAGUCGACGACGCUCCAGCAUCAUGCCGAUCGACGCCAGCGCCAGCUUCAAGGCUGCGCGUCGUCGCUCAUCGUCACAGCUGGACCCCACUGUUACCGCUGGAGUGCUGCGGUCCAUCCAAAUCGUGCCCCCACCACUGAAGCUGUCGCCGAGAGCCACAGUCGCAAUGGAACCCCCACUGUCUCCACUAGCAGCGUACACUUCACCCAGAGAGAAGCGUGGAGACGCGUACCGUCGGGAGAUGGAGCGGCGUGAGAUCCACACCAUUUUCUGCCUGUUCGACGUGGACGGCUCGGGUUCCGUGUCGCGGGAGGAGAUGGCAAGCUUGCUGCUUGCCAUUACGCACGACCUGGACGAUAUGCAGCUCAACCGGCUGAUGACGGACAUCGUGGCGGAGGAACUAGACAGCGACGACGAAAGCCUCCGCCCAGAGGGGGCCAUGGUGGAAGGUCCGCAGGAGAUCACGUUCGAGGCCUUUUACAAGUGGUGCAGCGCGAGGAUCCAGGAGAGCCGCCACUCCAAGGAGGAGCUGGUCGAGGAGAUCUUCCGCAUGGUAGACACGGACGGCAGCGGCACCAUUUCCGUGGAUGAGUUCGUCUCCAUCUUCAAGACGCUGGGCCAGGCGCUCGACCACGACGACGUGCGCGAGCUCGUGUACCAGAUGGACCGCAACGGCGACGGCAAGAUCGACCUGGAGGAGUUCAGCAAGAUGCUGCAGAAGCACGAAGUGUAG